GGAAGUCCCUUCGCUUUCUCUCUCUCUCUCUCUCUCUCUCUCUCUCUCUCUCCCUUCCCCCCACCUUUCUCUCUCUCAUCCCGCAAACAUGUCCACCGGCUCCCUCAGUGAUGUGGAGGACCUUCAAGAGGUGGAGAUGCUGGACUGCGAUGGGCUGAAAAUGGACUCGAACAAGGAGUUUGUGACUUCCAAUGAGAGUACCGAGGAGAGCUCCAACUGCGAGACUGGGUCUCCCCAGAAAGGCCGCGGUGGCCUGGGCAAGAGGAGAAAGGCGCCCACCAAGAAGAGCCCCUUGAGCGGGGUCAGCCAGGAAGGGAAGCAAGUCCAGCGCAACGCGGCCAACGCGCGCGAGCGGGCCCGGAUGCGGGUGCUGAGCAAGGCCUUCUCCAGGCUCAAGACCACCCUGCCCUGGGUGCCCCCGGACACCAAGCUCUCCAAGCUGGACACGCUGAGGCUGGCGUCCAGCUACAUCGCCCACUUGAGGCAGAUUCUGGCUAACGACAAAUACGAGAACGGUUACAUCCACCCGGUCAACCUGACGUGGCCCUUUAUGGUGGCCGGGAAGCCCGAAAGUGACCUGAAAGAAGUGGUGACCGCCAGCCGCUUAUGUGGAACCACGGCGUCCUGACCUUGGAGGUGCGAGUCUGGGAAAGGCGCGCUCCCGGGGGGAGCGGGCCCCGGGAAGGCGACCCUUGCCCUCCCUGCUCUCUGUCUCUGCUUCCCCCUGCAAAGCUCCUCUCCCUGCCCCACCCCGCGAGAACACUUUACAGCGACGAGGAGAUUCGUUUCCAAACCAGAAGAGAUCGACUGUACUUACAAAGAUUCCCAUCUAUUUAACUUUAUUAACUUCUACCGUGAAUGACUCUGCAAGCCUUGCUGGUCCAAGUGCAAUAUGUAAUUAUAAAUAUAUGAAUAGAUAAUAAGAGCCUAUCAACGUGUAUCUUUUGUACAAUAUGUUGUAAAAUGUAGAUCAUAGAAUAGCUGACUUUGACAGUCACAUUUAUAAAGUAAUUCACUUAAAGAUAUAUAUUUUUUUUUCAAACAAAUUUUGCUACUUUCGAAAAUAAAUCUUUCUUUAUAUUGCUAAAA